UUUGCUUUUUGCAGGAAUAUAUAUGUCUUUUGUGUACUCAGAGCGCGCGUUGCUAACCGCCACUGGUUUUCACCUCCGGGCAGAAGUCACGUGUUGGAAUACAAGCGUUAGGAAGCUAACUUCAGCUCCAAAUAGCGUAGUUGUUUGGAGACGUGGUCACAACACAGCACACAUUUUAAAAGGUAUUACCAGCAGCAAGCUUGUGGGCUUUAAGUAUCAGGACUAAAGAGGAUUGUCAGAAAUGACUUCUUGGCUUCUGAAAACUUGCAGGCUGCUUUGCUUGUGCUUCACUUUACCUUUGCGCCUCCUUGAUAUGUUCGGUUUACGCGCGGCAUACAAACGUCUCUUCCCCCGGCUCAUGUACAACAGGACGUUCCGCUACAACGACUUGAUGCACAGCGAGAAGAGACAACUCUUCAGGAACGUCAACACGUUUGCCAACAGCGACGGAACGCUUCGCCUGCUUGAGAUCGGCUGUGGCAGCGGCGCCAACUUCCAGUUUUACCCGUAUGGUUGCACCGUGCUCUGCGCCGACCCCAACCCGCACUUUGAGACCUACCUGCGGAGGAGCAUGGACGCCAACAAGCACCUGACCUACGAGGCCUUCCUGGUGCUCCCUGCCGAGGACAUGAGGGAGGUGGAGGAUGCAUCUGUGGACGUGGUGGUGUGCACGUCGGUGCUGUGUUCUGUCCCAGACGUCAUGAAGGUUCUACAGGAAGUUCGACGCGUGCUGAAAACAAAAAGCUGAGCUUGUGCCGUCCAUGAAGCUGCCGUCAACUCCCCUGAGACAUUGGCGUCAAGACACCCGUGGGGACACCCUUCUGACUAUCAGGGUGGAGCUUUCUACUUCAUGGAACAUGUGGUGUCAAGUCCCUCCACCUGGACACACUUCCUGCAACACACACUUGAGCCUUUGUGGUUCUAUAUUGAAGAUGGAUGCAUCAUUACGAGAGCG